AAAAAGUAGGCUGUAAUUUAAAUUAUACAAAAAAAUAUAAAAAUAUUUAGAAAUCUAUAUAUUAGGAAGAUUAUUAAUAUGAGGAUUACUUGGCGAACGUUUCCCAAAUUGCUAAUUGUAGUGCCAUUGCUGCAUUUUUAUCUGGCCCACUGUGUAAAGGCAGAAUCGGAAGACCACAAGCGUCGUAAAGAAUCGGACCAACCCAAUGUGCAGAAUGUGAACAUCGCCUGGCUGAUGAAACAGGGGAAGUUGCGAAAGACAUAAAGGACACCCUAUACGGAAGCUUGUUGGCGAGGAAGUAUAUGCACACAAAUUACCCCAAGCCAAAAAUUUAUCGACAAGCGUCGCUCGAACUGA